AUGCAAACUCGCAGCAGUACUGAACCCAGUCAAGAAACUAGCCGGCUAGUGUAUGCUGCCGAAUAUUUUCUAACUCGCCGGAAGUUCACCGACUGCCGGGAAUUUGCUCUUCGUGCACAGGCAUCAGAUCCGAACCACCCUUCGCCUGCCCUGUUGAUAGCCAUUGCUUCUGUCCUCUCCGUCGCUUAUAUCGCCCCGGAUAUACCUGAUUACUACUCCAUCCUCGGCCUCCCUCGUUUUACUUCCGACCUUACUCGAAUCAGGGACAGCUUUGAAAACCUAGUUCCACUUCUCAACCCGAAGAACAACACGUACCCGUUAUCGUUCCAAGCUCAUGAGUUGGUGUUGAAAGCCCGGUACGUUCUGUUAAACCUCGAUGAGAAAGCUCAGUUUGAUAAAGAGUUGACAAAAAACCAGGGUGUUAAAUCAGGGACCGAUGAUGCUACUUUCUGGACCAUGUGUCCAUACUGCUAUCAUGUGUUCGAGUAUAACAUUGUUUACAAAGACUGUUGUUUGAGGUGUCAGAAUGUAAGGUGUAGGAAAGGGUUCCACUCUGUGGCUGUUGCGGUGCCGCCGCCGCCAGAAGUGGUGGAGAAGGGCACGUAUCUGUGUGAAGGGUUUGUGCCAUUAGGGUGUAAUGAAGAGACAGAAAGAGAGAAGAUGUGGGUUCCAUUCGGCUCAACCAUGGUACCUGAGAAGGACGAGGGUGUAUCCAAGGGUGAACAUAAUGCAAAACAUGAUGAAGAUGGAGCUAUAUAUAUAUCUUCUGACGAUGAAGGUUUUAAAAAUUAUGAAAUUGUUGAAUUUCAGGAAAAUGUGAACAUUCAAGCUGAAAAUGCUAUAUAG